AUGGAGCUCCGGGCGCUGCUCUGCUGGGCUUCGCUUGCCGCCGCUUUAGAAGAGACCCUACUGAACACAAAAUUGGAAACUGCCGACCUGAAGUGGGUGACGUACCCUCAGGUGGAGGGGCAGUGGGAGGAACUGAGUGGCCUGGAUGAGGAACAGCACAGUGUGAGGACGUAUGAGGUGUGUGAUGUGCAGCGGGCCCCGGGCACGGCCCACUGGCUGCGGACUGGCUGGGUCCCACGGCGCGGCGCGGUCCACGUGUAUGCUACACUGCGCUUCACCAUGCUGGAGUGCCUCUCCCUGCCCCGGGCUGGGCGUGCCUGCAAGGAAACCUUCACCGUCUUCUACUACGAAAGCAAUGCUGACACUGCCACGGCCCUCACGCCUGCCUGGAUGGAGAACCCCUACAUCAAGGUAGACACAGUGGCUGCUGAGCACCUGACCCGGAAGCGCCCUGGGGCCGAGGCCACAGGGAAGGUAAACAUCAAGAGGCUGCGCUUGGGUCCGCUCACCAAGGCUGGCUUCUACCUGGCCUUCCAGGACCAGGGUGCCUGCAUGGCACUGCUGUCCCUACACCUCUUCUACAAGAAGUGUGCCCAGCUGACUGUGAACCUGACCCACUUCCCGGAGACUGUGCCUCCUGAGCUUGUGGUGCCCGUGGCAGGAAGCUGCGUGGCCGAUGCUGUGCCUGCCCCCGGCCCCAGCCCCAGCCUCUACUGCCGGGAGGAUGGCCAGUGGGCCGAGCAGCCGGUCACUGGCUGCAGCUGUGCUUCAGGGUUCGAGGCCGCAGAGGGGAAUACCAGGUGCCGAGCCUGUGCCCAGGGCACCUUCAAGCCUCUGGCAGGGGAAGGGUCCUGCCAGCCGUGCCCAGCCAACAGCCACUCCAAUACCAUCGGCUCACCCUUCUGCCAGUGCCGCAUCGGGUACUUCCGGGCUCGAACAGACCCCUGGAGUGCACCCUGUACCACCCCUCCCUCUGCACCUCGCAGUGUGGUUUCCCGCCUGAACGGCUCUUCCCUUCGCCUGGAGUGGAGUGCUCCGCUUGAGUCGGGCGGCCGAGAGGACCUCACCUACGCGCUCCGCUGCAGGGAGUGCCGCCCUGGGGGUUCCUGCACACCCUGUGGAGGAGACCUGACCUUUGACCCUGGCCCCCGGGACCUGGUGGAGCCCUCGGUGGUGAUUCGGGGGCUGCGUCCUGACUUCACCUAUACCUUUGAGGUCACUGCCUUGAAUGGGGUGUCCUCCUUAGCCACAGGGCCGGUACCAUUUGAGCCUGUCAAUGUCACCACCGACCGCGAGGUGCCCCCUCCAGUGUCCGACAUCCGGGUGACACGGUCAUCACCCAGCAGCUUGACUCUGGCAUGGGCUGUCCCCCGGGCACCCAGUGGGGCUGUACUGGACUAUGAGGUCAAGUACCACGAGAAGGGCGCGGAGGGCCCCAGCAGCGUGCGGUUCCUGAAGACGUCAGAAAACCGGGCAGAGCUACGGGGGCUGAAGCGAGGAACCAGCUACCUGGUCCAGGUGCGGGCACGCUCUGAGGCUGGCUACGGGCCCUUUGGCCAGGAGCACCACAGCCAGACCCCGCUGGAUGAGAAUGAGAGUUGGCGGGAGCAGCUGGCCUUGAUAGCAGGCACAGCAGUCGUGGGUGUGGUGCUGGUCCUGGUUGUCAUCGUCAUUGCUGUUAUCUGCCUCAGGAAGCAGAACAACGGGAGAGAAGCUGAAUACUCAGACAAACACGGGCAGUAUCUCAUUGGGCAUGGUACUAAGGUGUAUAUCGACCCCUUCACUUACGAAGAUCCUAAUGAGGCUGUGAGGGAAUUUGCAAAAGAAAUUGACGUCUCCUAUGUUAAGAUUGAGGAGGUGAUUGGUGCAGGUGAGUUUGGUGAGGUGUGCCGGGGGCGGCUCAAGGCCCCAGGGAAGAAGGAGAGCUGUGUGGCCAUCAAGACCCUGAAGGGCGGCUACACAGAGCGGCAACGUCGUGAGUUCCUGAGUGAGGCCUCCAUCAUGGGCCAGUUUGAGCACCCCAACAUCAUCCGUCUCGAGGGCGUGGUCACCAACAGCGUGCCCGUCAUGAUCCUUACUGAAUUCAUGGAGAAUGGUGCCCUGGACUCCUUCCUGCGGCUGAACGACGGACAGUUCACUGUCAUCCAGCUGGUGGGCAUGUUGCGGGGCAUCGCCUCAGGCAUGCGGUACCUGGCUGAGAUGAGCUACGUCCACCGAGACCUGGCUGCCCGCAACAUCCUGGUCAACAGCAACCUUGUCUGCAAGGUCUCUGACUUUGGCCUUUCCCGAUUCCUGGAGGAGAACUCUUCUGAUCCCACCUACACGAGCUCUCUGGGAGGAAAGAUUCCGAUCCGAUGGACAGCCCCUGAAGCCAUUGCCUUCCGAAAGUUCACAUCUGCCAGUGAUGCCUGGAGCUAUGGGAUUGUGAUGUGGGAGGUCAUGUCGUUUGGGGAACGGCCAUACUGGGAUAUGAGUAAUCAGGAUGUGAUCAAUGCCAUUGAACAGGACUACCGGCUGCCCCCACCCCCUGACUGCCCCACCUCCCUGCACCAGCUCAUGCUGGACUGUUGGCAGAAGGACCGGAAUGCCCGGCCCCGCUUCCCCCAGGUGGUCAGCUCCCUUGACAAGAUGAUCCGGAACCCUGCCAGCCUCAAAAUCGUGGCCAGGGAGAAUGGCGGGGCCUCGCACCCACUCCUGGAUCAGCGGCAGCCUCACUACUCAGCGUUUGGCUCUGUGGGUGAGUGGCUUCGAGCCAUUAAGAUGGGAAGAUACGAAGAAAGUUUUGCGGCUGCCGGAUUUGGCUCCUUCGAGCUAGUUAGCCAGAUCUCCACCGAGGACCUGCUCCGGAUUGGAGUCACUCUGGCGGGACACCAGAAGAAAAUCCUGGCCAGUGUCCAGCACAUGAAGUCCCAGGCCAAACCUGGAGCCCCAGCCGGGCCAGGAGGACCAACCCCUCAGUAUUGA